UCCUCCGCGACUCGUUGCGAGGGAAUAAUAAGUUGAUUUCAUUACAGCGAAAUCACCGAGUAGACAAGACGCUCACGUGACUACACUGUUCAAAGAAAACCAAGCGAGACCUAACUGAAGAAAAGAAGGAUAAACAAUAAACAUGAGUGCUGAAGACUACAAGAGAAAGCUUUCAGAGUAUUUUUUUCAUAGCUGUGCUGGGAUGAGUCUAGCACUGGCUAAACAGACUGGUCUGCUGGACGUCUUUUACGCUGCCGAUCAUCCUUUGACGAUAUCGGAGAUAGCCGAGCGUAACAACUCUAAAGAUCGGUAUAUCGAGGAGUUGCUUGGAUCUCUAGUCUCGGCUGGGGUGGUUGAAAUAUCGGACGAUUCUACUCAAUUCCACGUACCCGAGGUACAUAAGACGUAUCUUCGAAAGUAUGGCAUAUUGUGUUCAUACACCAUUUCCUUCGCAGAAAGAUUUAAUACAGUCAAAGAGUGUUUUAAAAAAGACGGAGCGUAUGAUAUUGACAUGCUGUCCUCCUUGAACCUGAAGAAUAUCGAAUUUAAAGUGCUCGACAUCAUGGACCUGCCAACAUCUUUCUCCGAAAAAUACGACUGGUGUUUUGUUCAGGAUGUUGUAAAUAGUCUACCAAUUCCAGAAAAAGGUUUAUCAGAAAUGUACAGAUGUCUUAAACCUGGCCACGUGCUCUGUUUAAUUGAGGGUGCAUUGCCGGGAAAUAUGGCACAACAUGUGAACGACCUGCACGCUUGUCUCUACUACACUGCCAGCACAUUCGUAUGUCUUCCAUCAAGUUUCCAGCAGGCAGACUCGGCGGCUCUAGGAGCGAUGUGUCAGGCCGAUGAUAUCCGAAUGGCGCUUUACAAGAGUGGUUUCAAGAUAAUUAUCGAGACAGCCAGUGAGAGGGACAAGUUCUCGGCGCUCUUUGUGUGUCAGAAAUAACCUAGAGUAUUAGAACACAGACAGUUUCAUUCUCCUCUUCUCCUGGGUGCUUCUGAGUCUAUAAAAUAACAGUUGUUAGUAUCGUUUAGUCUCAUGUCGGGUAAAGGCGACAAAAGUUGACAAAUAAUAGUCGACAAAGUGCUUGGAUAGGUUUAAUUCACAAACAUUAGUAGACUAGUGUAGCACCUUCUCGUAUUCAAUUAUUCAACUGAACUUUUUAUUCUGGAUUAACUAUGAAAUGUGGGGAAAGUUGGGUGAUAAAACUUUAACAUUAUUUUACAAAACAUUAUUAAAUAAUAUUUCAUGCAA